AUUUAAAGUUUAGGGGCUAGUUAAUAGAACAUAAUAUUGAUUCUCUCUAGCUGUUUAUGUACGCAUUGGCGGCGAGUUGGGUUUUCACUUUUCGGAUAGAAUCCGUAAACCAUCGGAAAUACUAAGCGUAUUUUGCUGCUGCAAAGAUGGUGGAAACCCUUUUUGAAGAUAUAUUUCGAGUUGAAGGACUGAAUCCAGAUGGUAAAAAAUUUGAGAAAGUGACUCGAAUAACGGCGAAGAGUGAUCAAUUUGAUAUGCUCAUGGUCCUUGAUAUCAACUCUGAUAUCUAUCCUAUGCACGUUGGAGAGAAGUUCAUGAUGGUAUUAGCAUCCACUCUGAACUUGGAUGGGACGCCAGACAGUGGUUAUUUCAAUCCGGGUAACAGGAAAUCACUUGCGGACAAAUUUGAUUAUGUCAUGCAAGGGAAACUAUACAGAAUCUCAGAGGAAAGCUCACACAAGCAAGUUAAAGCGGACAUGUAUGUUUCGUUUGGUGGACUUCUUAUGAUGCUUAAAGGGGACCCUUCAAUUGCAGCAAGAUUCGAGCUCGACCAAAGACUGUUUAUUCUCAUAAGGAAGGUUUGAAAUCCGAUUCCAACUUAAGCAAAGAAUUUACUAGUCGACUAUAACGUACUGCUAGAAAUUCAUCUAUGUAUUUCGUUGAUGCCUGCUGAGACGACUGAGACGACGAAUAUAGUUCCUUUAAAGAAAUUUAAAUAUGUUUGGUAGCGAAAUCUCUUCUAAGUUGUUGCUCUAAGUUGACAAUGUGCUAUCCAUAUCUUAUAGGGCGUUGUUUAUUUCGCCCCUUUUUUUCUAAUGCAUGUUAUUUAUUCUCCUUA